AUUACAUAAAGCUUAGUUAUACCACAAUGGCUUCCAUUCUCCACUUCUUCUUUGCAGCUCUCUUUCUUGCUCUCCUUGGCCAAGGAUAUUGUCAAUGCUCUAUAGCCGACGUGAGGAUCAGCCAAACGCAAACUGGGAAGACAGUGGAAAACAAGCCGGAAUGGAAAGCCACAAUCACCAACGGUUGCCCUUGCACUCAGUCUGAUUUGAAGCUCAGCUGUGACGGAUUUCAGUCGGCGGAAGCUGUUGAUCCGUCGGUGAUGUCGAAAUCAGGGGGAGAAUGCUUGAUCAACGGUGGCGAGCCAGUGGCUCCCAACAGCGACUUGAGUUUCAACUAUGCUUGGGAUACUUCGUUUUCUUUCAAGCCCCUUUCAUCCCAACCCAACUGUUCUUAAAUUUUCAAUCCAAGACUUUUGAACUCUACUGUUGUAUU